UAACUUCUGGUUAACAGUUAACCAGAAAAUGAAAAACCGGGUCUAACUGAUAUCACGUCGGUACGAAUAUUAACGCUUAACGAGAAUUCAAAUAGAGCGCCAAUUCUCUUGGACACGCACGCCAUCUUCGCGUUGAUUCCGCCAUGAACUGCGUUUCAUAGUGUCGAUCUCGAGACGGAACGGAACGGUUUCCUAGAUAUAAGAUGACGGAACAGAAGGAAAUUGAUUCGAGUACGAAUAAGCCCGAUUUGCCAUUCGCAGCUCCGGAGAAACAGGAGGCCCGUGCGUUUCUGCGCGAACGUUUUCUGCGUGUAAUUACCGGCAUCAUCGGUAAACCAACAGAAUUUCAUUUGCACGAAAACACACGUGUGUCGGGCGAAUUCAAGGGUUGUGACGUAGAAUGUUCCAAGAUUUUUGUAAAAAACUUGGAGACACCGAUGGGAACGGUACCAGGAGCCAUUCUUCGAAGCAGCGACAUAAUUUAUUUAGACGUAGACGUUAAUGUCGAUCAAUGAUAAACAGAAAACU